CCUUUUCGAAACAGAAUUACACAAACCACAUCACAAUGUUUUCAUACAAACUGCCAUGUGGAGACUUCCAGACGGUCACGGCAAUGACGGAGACCAACAUAAGCUUCGACCCGCCGGUUUACGAGCAGCGGUAUUGCGCGGCCGUUCAAAUUUUAGGCGACCCAAAAUGGGGAGGGAUCCGUAAGGCGGUCGAAUUUGGAUGUGCAGAAAUUCGGUUUUUCCCCCUACUGCGACGGAUUGAGACGAUUGAAGAAAUAGUUCUGGUUGACAUUGACGAAGUAGUGCUGAGGAAGUACAUGAAUCGAAUAGACCCAUUGGUGUCCGACCAUAUUAGGCAACGCCAGUGUCCCCUGAAAGUGCAGGUUGUGCAGGGAAACGUGGCCGAUUCCUCGGAUGAAUUGCGGGACACAGAUGCUGUUAUUGCGUUGGAACUCAUCGAACACGUAUAUGACGAUGUGCUGGCCAAAAUCCCAGUGAAUGUUUUUGGAUUCAUGCAACCCAAAAUUGCCAUAUUCAGCACUCCGAAUUCCGACUAUAAUGUCAUCUUCACGCGCUUCAAUCCCCUUUUGCCGAAUGGAUUUCGCCAUGAGGAUCACAAGUUUGAAUGGACGCGGGAACAAUUCAAGACGUGGUGCAUGGGCAUUGUCCAGAAAUAUCCCAAUUACAUGUUCGCCCUAAUGGGUGUGGGCAAUCCGCCCCAGGGUUACGAGUCCGUGGGUCAUGUGUCGCAGAUUGCGCUAUUCGUUCGCAAGGACAUGCUCGAAAUUCGGCUAGAGCAUCCGCUCACUUCAAAUGUGUGGAAAUCGACAAUAUCGCUACUGACUACCAAUCGCUACCAGCUCAUGCACGGCGUCACCUAUCCUUUUCAUGUGGAUAGGAGGAGCGAGGAGCAACGUAUAUGGGACGAUGUUCAAUAUGAGCUGAAUUGUUUUAAGCAAUACUGCAAGCAUCAACGCGAGGAGUGCGACUGUGCGGGCACACAUAAAAUGCCAAUUGAGAUACUACUGUCACGCAUCCAUCGCACGGGUGCUACAAGAGAGAUCCUUGACGACAUCUUAAAAAAUAAAUCAGUUCAUGUCGAAGAUGAAUUUGUUUUGAUAGAGGAUUCCGACGAAGAUUCAGUAACUUCAUCCCAUAGUGACCCCACUGAGCAGAACUUGAAUGAGGUCGAAUUACCCGGAGAGGAAGAGGAGUUUUGGGAUGUCAAUUAAGGCUUCGCUCCCAAGGUUGGGAACCUUCUUAAGAAUAUAUAACAUUAUAUCAUCUCCUAUAUUGACACUGAAUAAAUCUUAGUAAGACGAAA